AUUGAAAGUCUGAAGGUCGAGACGAAUUACGAAUGUGUCGCGUAAAUUUUGUCGAUUUCCGCUUGACAUAUGGAAGAAAGUCUUUCUGAAUCACCGCCGGUGGAUCUGUUUCCUCAAGCCCUCCCUAAAAUACCCUCAGAUGCAUCUUAUCCGAGAAAUCAAAGAAAGCUGUCGGUCAGAGAAAUAAAAAUCCAACGAUCCGAAGCUAGCAACAAAUAUGCAGCAUUUACAAGACAUUCUCGUGCUAAGGCAUUAUGGAAGACAGCCUUCAGUUUAAUCUCCUCUCGUGGUGACCCAUGGGAGAAAUUUCAUUUACAAGAACUUCCAGAAGAAAUGGCAAAGCGUUAUCGUUAUAACGCUAUUAAGGGCAAGUGGAUAGAAGAUAUCGUACGUGUAAAAAUCGAAAAUUCACCAUUCAAUCGAGGUGCUAUGAGAGAAUGUUUUCGUGCGAAGAAAUUGUCCAAUUUUUCACAUUGCUCUGAUUGGUCAUAUGCAUCAAAUCAUGUUGCUAAACGUUACAUUGAGAAGGUUGAAACUCAUGUGUAUUUUGAUGAUGUUCGUUUACAAAUGGAUGCUAAGCUUUGGGGUGAAGAAUAUAGUCGUCAACCGUCUGCACCAAAAAAAGUUGAUAUUUCACAAAUGUGUGUAUUGGAGUUUAUUAAUCGACCAGAGAAACCUCUAUAUCACUUGGAACAUUUUAUAGAAGGAACUUAUCGAAAGUAUAAUUCAAAUUCAGGAUUUGUAGAUGAUUUAUCACGAAACACUCCUCAGGCCUUUAGUCACUUCACAUUUGAACGAAGUGGUCAUCGUUUAAUUGUAGUUGAUAUACAGGGUGUUGGUAAUCUAUGGACAGAUCCUCAAAUUCAUACAUUCGAUGGUAAAUCUUAUGGAGAUGGAAAUCUGGGGAUUCGUGGAAUGGCUUUAUUUUUUUAUACACAUCGAUGCAAUCCAUUAUGUUUAGCUCUAUCAUUAAGCGCUUUCGAUUUACCAAUAAGUGAAAAACUAUCUACACCAUUUAGUCAAUUAUCUAUGAAAGCGGCGGAUAAUCAGACUGAAAAUACAAAUGGGAUCAGUGAUAAUAAUAAUAAUGUGGAACUCAGUGGAACAGUAGCUAUUCCAGCUUCUCGUCGUGAUCGAUAUGGUAUCCGUCGUUUGGUUUCAGAAAAUAUUGAUUCAUCUUAUGAUUUACAAAACAAUGCCAAUAAUCACAACAAUGACACUAGUAGUGAUUUUGUAAGUCCAAUCGACUUUGUAGAGUCUCAUAGUGUACCUUCGCCUAAAUUACCAUUUCUACCUUCAAGAUCUCCUGUUUUAUGUAGAAAUGAUAUAUUACAAAAGACUGAUCAGAUCAAUCAUAAUUCAAAUGUCAUUUCUAAUAAUGGAAAACACAAUACAAAGUAUAGUAAUAAUAAUAAUACUACUACUACUGAUAAUAAUAAUAAUAAUAAUGGUAAUAAUGAUGAUGCACGUAAUGAUGAUUUAAUAUUUGGUCCAAUUUCACUUCAUAAUAAUUCGUAUGAUUCUGGUAUAAGUUUUGAUGGCCCAUCGUUUGGUAAUGUGUUCAAAGCACAACAAAGUAUUAUUAGUGAUCCUGGUUGUGAUCCAGUAUGUUCAGAUUUGGAUCAGUCAAAUUCUCACUUGAAUUCCAGCGAAAGUUCACAACAGCUCAGUAAAGAAGCUGAACUCAUUGAAUUUUUUCGUUUACAUCAAGCUGGUCAUCGAAGCAGUUCCAUUGCAGCUUUACAUGGUGCUGAUACUGUAAUUUUAGGUUUAAUACAUCAUGAAUUGGCUCGUUUACAUGCUUCUGGUCGUUUAGCUUUAAUGCAUCAAACCGGUUAUUGUCAAUUAAAGUGCAAUGAAAUUAAAAAGCAUCAACCUUCUAUAGAUAUUGAGCAAGAAUUGAAUGGAAAUCAAUUGAAUGAAUUAAAUCGCCCACAAAAUGUUAAUUGGGAAUCAGUUUUAUUUCAUUUAGAACAAUCAGCUAAACUUGGUUGUUUAGAUGCUAUUCAAUGUUUAGCUCAAUAUUAUUUGAAUUUAAUGAUUGAUGGUCCAUUAUCAGAAUGUCCAAUUAAACCUGAUCCAGUGGAAUCUCGAGCACAUGGUUUUGCUUUAAUCAGUGCGGCUGCAUCAGCGGGAGAUCGUAUGGCUAUGCUUUAUUUAGCUGAAGCUUAUUAUCAUGGCGAUUACUAUUCUCCAGAUACUAGUAAUCAUAUCAAUAAUAAUAAUAAUGGGCGGAAACAAGAACCUGACUGGUUAGCAGCUGCACAUUGGUAUGAAAUGGCGGCUAAAGUUGUUACUUAUGAUGAUGAUGCUACAGAAGAUGAUGAAACAAAUCAACGCAAUCCAUCGUUUGUGAAAAGGAGUCGUUCUGGUUUUCAUUCAUUAUCUGAAUGGCCAAUUUAUCGUUUACAAGGUCGAUUGGGAGAAAUGUAUGCUAAAGGUGGUCAUGGUUUAGUUAGAGAUAGAAUAAAAGCUUAUUAUACAUGCAUUGCAUAAGCUAAUUAUUGAUGAAGAUACGAUUCAAUUAACUAUUUUCCUUACUCGUAAAGCAUAACACCUUCAACAUUCACUUGAUAAUAAACUAUAUGUGAUUAUUGUUAGCAUCUUUUCAUUUUUGUACAAAUUUUUCACAAAUUGUAUUAAUUUAAAUCUUUCAGCGCCCCUUGACAUACCUUCAUUUAUUUAUAUUGUAUACUGAUAAUUUUCUCUAUGAAAAAAUAAACAAAAUUUUAGACGAACUCUUCGAAUCAGCCGCUGAAGGUGCCAGUGAAGCUCAUGACGGACGUAUAGCAAUGAAGUAUUAUGAACAAGCAAGUCUUUUAGAAGAAUAUACUACUGUUGAAUUUGAUGAAGAAAUAGAAGAAAAGACAGAAGAAGACAAAUAGAUAACAAUAAUAAUACAAGUUUGUUUCUUUCAAAUUUAUGUAAUACAUAGAUUUUCUCCGGUUAUGGUUUAAUGUGUAUAAUUGUUUUCAUAAUACUUUUUAUAUGGAAAAUUUUCUCUUUUUUUUUAUUUCCUCAUUGAUAACCAAUUGUAUUGAUCAUGUAUAAUCCCUAGUUUUCUCACAUAACAUUUUGACUUGUUUAUAUUCUACUCAUUUUAAUGAUUAGCAAACAGGACCGUUUUUUAUGACUAAGCUUUUAUUCAUCUAUUUUUCCCCCGCUGAAUUAUUAUAUUUUGUCUUGAAUUAUACUAUAAUUGUUUUCAUGGUUCAUUGGAUACACACUUUGUAAUUCCAUGUAUUAUUAUUAUUAUUAUUACUAUUAUUGAUUUAUUUAUUGUGCACUAUCAUUUCACUCAUUGUAUUUUCAGUGAAUUGUUUUUUUAUCCGUUCAUUUUGAAUUAAAUGUUUAACGCGCCUCUCUCAUUUUCGUCAAUUUCUUCUUUCUAUAUCACAUUGUUUUAUUUUUUUGUACGGAUUAGAGAUGUGACAAUUUGAACAGAUAUAGAUGUAUGUAUACAUAACCAGAUCUUAUGUUGUCUAUAUCUGACUAACUGAUUUCAUUUUCCUUCUAGUUUCUUCAUAUCCUCUUUUGGAUUUUCCUGUUACUUUGUAGAAAUUAUCCUUUUUUUAUAUAAAAAAACUGAACAUAUAAAAAGAAAAUAAUGUCAGUAACAACAGUCAAUAAAACCAUGAUUUCUUUCG